UUCAGUGACACUGACUUAAAUAGUGCAUAGUGUGCAUACUCCACAGUUACAUUUCUCAUUAAAAACAUUAAAUACAUACAGAGCGACAGUUAAGUUGAGUGCGUGAUAAGAUAAAACGCAAUCUCCGAAGCGUUCGGAGGUUCAUAAAGUUGUUUCCAAUCAUGUGCGAUGCAGUGUCACAAAAACAUUUCGAGAUGGGUGACGAAACCGUGGCGGAGUUAGAGAAAAUUAAUGUUAAUUUAACAUCAACGAAAGAAAAAGAAUUGUGCGAAAAUAAUGAUGAGUACGUCAAUCAAAAUCAACGGUCACCGUUUAGGAGACAGGCACUCAUCUCAUUCGGAGUAUUCAUGAUGACCCUCGGUGCUGGCUCUACAUCGGGCAUUUCCGCAAUCCUAAUUCCUCAGCUACAACAGGGUACACAAAAGUUCUCAAUAGAACUGGUAUCAUGGGUAGCUGCCAUAUCUUCUCUCGCUCUGUUCUUCGGUAACCUGAUGUCUGGAUAUUUAAUGGACAGGUUUGGAAGACGACUGUCCAGUUUAUUACUAUCAGCAACAUUCGUCACUGGAUGGCUGAUCAUCGGAUUUUCAAACAACGUGAUGCAGUUAAUAUUGUUAGGAAGAUUCAUCACGGGUCUGUGUCAAGGAUGGCUUGGACCUCUAGGUCCGGUGUAUGUGGGAGAAAUAAGUGCCCCAGUUCAUAGAGGACUGUUUCUUGCUGCCUUAUCUUUGGGAAUUGCCGUAGGAGUCUUUAUGUCACAUUUGUUUGGUACCUUAUUCCACUGGAGCUUAGCUUCCUUGCUAUGUGGAUUCUUCCCCUUAAUUGGUGGUAUCAUACUCUACUAUGCUCCCGAAUCGCCAGCGUGGUUGGCUUCCAGAAACAGAAUCGACGAAUGUGUUAUCUCAUAUCAAUGGUACAGAGGAAAAAGUCAAGAAAUGAAAACAGAAUUAGACAAGAUGCUUGCUGAUAUAGCAUCGAAGAACAGGAAUUUGAGUAAAAUGCAGAUUCUAUCAGCGAAUAUCAAAAAGCCAGAGUUCUUGAAACCUUUAGGUAUUAUGACAGUGUUCUUUGUAAUAACGCAACUCUGUGGAGUGAACGUAAUAUGUGCGUAUACCACGGAUAUGGUUGAAGAGCUUCUUGGUAGUGGAUCCAACAGCUCUUACACUUACGCCGCUAUGUUAAGUAUAGAUGUACUGCGAUGUGUGUCUCUAGGAGCGGCUUGUUUAUUACUCAGAAGAUCAGGCAGAAGGCCAUUAGCCGUAUUCAGUGGUGUCUUCACAUCAUUGUCCCUGAUCGCUUUAGCCUUGUACUUAUAUCUAUUUAACACUGGUGUCAUCAAAUACUUGUCACCAUUUAUAUCUCUAGGUUUAAUGGGAUUCUACAUUAUUGUAUCUAACUUAGGUAUAUCUCCUCUACCAUGGAAUAUGGUUGGUGAACUGUUUGCUGUUGAAACGAAGGGAUUGUGUUCAGGUAUCAGUGUAAUGAUGACAUCUAUUGCAUUCUUCGCAGUAGUGAAAUCAGCGCCCGCCAUGUUCUUGAGUAUAGGUCACCAUGGAACUUAUCUAUUCUAUGGUAUUUCUACUUUCUGUGGCACUGUAUUCUUGUACUUCUGCCUCCCUGAAACGAAAGACAAGACUUUACUGCAAAUCGAGGAACACUUUAGGUACGGUAAGAAAAAGGAGAGCAAGAAAGAUGCCGCUAACAUUUAGUCGGAAUAUGAAAUUAUCGUAAUAGGAAAUUGCUCAUAUAAGUGUGAUUGUGAUCUCUUUGAUGUCAUUGUUCAGAUGUCUCUGAAUAAACGAGAAAAUAAAAGAGGACUAUUUAUGCUUAGUUUAUAGUUAUUUAUGCUUUUGGAAAAGUAUUUUAAUGUAAACGUGUCAGUAGUAAUGUGCAUGGCUGUUAUCAAUUGAGUCUAUUGAGGUCCACUGGUGGACAUAGGCCGCCGUUAAGCUGCGACACAACCUGAUUGUUCAGCUAGCUACCUGUUUGUUCAAUCUUAAAUUUGUUUGUGUGUUCAAAACAAGUAGGUAUCGUUAAUACAAGAGUCCAAGACAAGAUCAUUUCCAAAUACAUUUUAUUUUACUUUAAAUUAUUGAUUUAAUUUAGUCUAACCUUCACAAUGGUGAUCACGGACAGAUAACAAACGUGACUGGUCAAAUCAAAACAUAUUUUUGUCUCGAAACACGUUGAAUUCGUUUACACUCACGAAUAUAUUUUCUUGUCAAAGAAUGAAAACAAAAUAAAGUUUUGUGAAAAAUGUAUGAUGCUUAUCUUCAUAUUUUACAACUAAUCAAAAUCUGGUAUGUAAUAUUUAUGUGAAAGUUUUGUUAAAUAAUAAACCUUUAAAAUUACCAUGCACAUUAAGAAUUUUGUACAUUAAUUAAUAAGAUAACAAUUUUAAAUUAUGUAAUAGCAAAUGAAUACUAUGUAUUAAUGUGAUUUAGUUAGCUUAAUUAGAUAUUUAAGAUAUCGGUGGUUUGUUUGUUUUGUGAUUGCCUCAGUAAACUAUGUUUAGAGUAGUCUCUAGUGUUUAGUAGUUCCCUUUGUGGUCAAGCAAUUACAACCAAAACAGGCAACUUAACGAAGAACAAUUUUCUGAAUACUGCCUCCCGAGAACAGGGGUGAGAUUAUUAAAUUAAAGGACCUGAAAACAAACGAGUAAUUAAUGCUACUUUUUACUGUUAGAUAAAUUGGAUAUUAAAUUACUGCCAACACA